GAGAGAGAGAGAAUGGCCCACCAUACCCAUUGAUUGAAAUAAGUAAUAAACCCCUCUCUCUUAUUAUCACUACCUUUUAAUGCUCCAAAUUUCUUACCAACAAAAUCAGACAAAAACACUUCAAAAUUAAAUUAAAAAAAAAACAUUAUUACAUCAAUAAAAAUUUCAAAAAUCAGAUUUCAUCCUCAUUCCAAACUCCCUCUCAAACAAAGAAGAAAGAAACAACCAUUACCAAAAUUGGCAAGAAGAUGAAAUUCCCAUUUCUGUUCAGAUCCACAGAAACCCCCUCCACCUCCUCCUCCGCCACCUCCGCCGCCGCCGCCGCCUGGCCGUGGCCCGCCUGCGUAAACAAUCCCAAGACCCUCUCUUUCCGGGCCGACGGCAACAACAUCUUCAAGACAAUGAACUCAGCUUUCCUCGACAACGACGCCCACGAUUCGUGUUCCACCGUCCCCGACUACUCUUUCCAGGACGACACCUUCUCCGGCGGCGGCGCACCGGCGGAGGAGGAGACGGCGGUGGUCGGAGGUUUGAGGUCCGACAGGCUGUUCUUCGAGCCGGGAGAGACGACGAGCCGGUCAAUCCUGGAGGAAGCGAAACCCUACGAGGGGUUCCCGUACAAGGAGAGCCACGUGGCAAUAAUGGCGGUUGACUCCGUCGACCCGUUCCUCGACUUCAGGGUGUCGAUGGAGGAGAUGGUGGCGGCGCACGGCCUGAAGGAAUGGGAUUGCCUGGAGGAGAUGUUGACCUGCUUCCUCAGAGUCAACGGCAAGUCCAACCACGGCUACAUCGUCGGAGCUUUCGUCGAUUUGCUUCUUCAUCUCGCUCUCUCCGAUUCAAAUAAUAAAAAAAAUAACAACGGUGCUUCUUCUUCUUCAUCGAUAUCUACAUCAUCCGCCAUUGAUGAACAGUGUUCUUCAUCUUCGACAACUACGCAGUAUUCUUUCACUUCUCCACUCUCGUUUUCUUCGUCAACUUAUUCCUCUCUCAGCAAUUGCUUGUCUCUAAUGGAGAACGACGAUGGAAAUGAGAUCGUUGCUGACAAAAAUGGAUGAUUUUUUUUAUUUUUAUAUAUAUUUUUAUUAAUUAAUUAGGCGUAUAUUAGAUUUAAUUAAAUUUAGUUUUUUUUUUUUGUUGAAUUAAUCGCGGACGAACUUUUGUCUGUGGUGUGUGUUUUUCUGGUAGGUGUAGAGAGGAGAUUACAGUGAUGAAUCACUGUUAUGUUUUUUUUCUUUUUUUUUUUUUUUUGCGAUGGUUGAAGAUGAUGACAGUUGAAUUUAAUUUCUGAUAUUAAUGAAAAAUUAAUUAA